GCGUUUAUUGUGAUUUUUUUCUCGAUUUUUAUUUAUUUAACUCAAAAUAUAUUUCACUAGCUGUACUUCUUAAUUAUGAACGCGAUUAGUUAAUGUCUCAAUCAAGAUACGAUAAUCUUUGAGUUGAAUUCGAACGUCCAAAUAAUUAAAUAGUACAUCUGGCCAUAUGCUCUCCAAUCUUUCUUUAUUUUUUAUUUAUUUUGGGGAAAAUAUUGAUUAAUUAAGCGAUUAUCUUUCUAGCAAAUUAUCCGGUUCUGUCUUCUUCCUAUUUUCCUAGAUCUUCCUCGUGAUAUAUUGAUGAAACUUAUGAAGAACAAAUAGAAGAGAAAAAUAUAUACAAAGAAAAAAAAGUCUGAACUUUGUUUUUUCCUGAUUUUAGAGGAAUAAUGGAAGACAUAAAUCGCAAGGAAAAGCUUUUUCUCAACUACGUUCCUGUCUACAUUGUGCUUCCUCUUUUUGGAAUAGUGGCUAAAGAUAACAAACACGCAGAAUUAGAAACUACAGAAAGGAACUUGAAGCGUCUCAAGAAGGAGGCUUGCAUCGAUGGUGUGAUGGUCGAUGUGUGGUGGGGGAUCGUCGAGUCCAAAGCCCCCAAGGAAUAUAACUGGAACGGUUACAAAGAGCUGUUUAAGAUGGUCAAGCGUUUGGAACUCAAAAUCCAUGCCAUUAUGUCUUUCCACAAGAGCAGCCAAAACAGAAAAACCACCUCUCUGCCGAGCUGGGUAGUCCAAGUUGGCAAAGAGAAUCCCGAUAUCUAUUACACCGACCGCAAAGGCUUUCGAAAUGACGAGUGCCUCAGCCUUGGGGUCGAUAAUGAACCUCUCUUUGAUGAUGUAAAUGGUACAAAACGUACUGCCAUACAGAUAUACAGUGACUACAUGAAUAGCUUCAAAGAAAACAUGGCAGAGUUUCUAGAAGACGGUGUGAUAGGGGCAAUUGAAGUAGGCCUAGGACCCAAUGGAGAACUUUGUUACCCUUCGUUUCCAUCAGAUCAAAGGUGGACAUUUCCCGGCAUUGGAGAAUUUCAGUGCUACGACAAAUACUUGAAGAAAGAUUUCGAGAAUGCAGCAAAGAAGGCAGGACACUCGAUGUUGGAUCUUUCAAAAGAAGAUUUUGGAGAUUACAACAGCAAGCCAGAUGAAACUACAUUUUUCAAGGAAAAUGGGACAUACACAACGGAGAAGGGGGAGUUCUUCUUGGAAUGGUACUCCAACAAACUUAUCUUCCAUGGUGAUCAAAUCCUAAGAGAAGCCAACAAGAUCUUCACCGGCCUCAAAAUUGACUUGGUUGCCAAGGUUUCAGGAGUUCACUGGCUGUACUACCAUCCCAGCCACGGGGCAGAACUAACUGCUGGUUAUUACAACCUUUAUGACAGAGAUGGUUACCGUCCGAUCGCUAGGAUGCUAUACAAACGCAACUGCUUUCUCAACUUUAGUUGCCUUGAGAUGAAAUAUUACAACUAUUCAGAGGAAGCCUUAUCUGCUCCCGAAGAACUUGUUAAAGCGGUCUUGAGCAAAGCGUGGAAAGAAGGCAUAGAAGUGAUUGGUGCAAACACAUCGGAAAUUAAAAAUGCGGAAGGUUACAACCAGGUUCUUCUUAAUGCAAGACCAAACGGUUCUAACCCGAAGGGAAAGCCAAAACUCAAAGUGCACAGUUUCAUGUACCUGCGAUUGUCGGAAACAAUUUUUAGUAGAAACUAUGACAUGUUCAAGAAGUUUGUGAGGAACAUGCAUGCAGAUCAAGAUUACUGUGGAGAUGCAGAGAAGUAUGCCCAUAAGGUCGAGUCGAAUUCAGCGAUCACCAUUGAGGAAAUAUUGGCUGCCACCAAGUCAAGUGGAUCAUUCAAGUGGGACGAGGAGACCGAAGCUAAGGUUGAUGGUUGAACCUAUGCAGCCACACGAAAUCGCAAAUCUACUUACAAAAUUUCUAUAGCUUCUUUUAAUCCUUUUUAAUAAAAAUAAAAAACCAAAUAUUGGACGUUGCACCAAAUGGAGGUGAACAAAAUAUCCACACUCAAAUAAUCAAGGGAAAAUUGACCCUAAUUACCUGGUGAAAU